AUGGGUGCGGUGAGACAUGUUGCGACGGCCCUGGCCGCUUCGGUCACGGCCGUGUCCGCUCUCUAUGUCAAUGGCUCUGUAAUUGCGCCGUGCGACUCACCAAUUUACUGCCACGGCGAUAUCCUCGAGCAGGUUGAGCUUGCGCAACCAUUUAGCGACUCCAAGACCUUUGUUGACAUGCCAGCCAUUCGACCUCUGGAAGAGAUCCAAGAGGCAUUUGACAAGCUCGAAAAACCUCUCAGAAACAAUUCGGCCCUCGCAGACUUUCUCGAUGAGAAUUUUGCCGAUGCUGGCGGCGAGCUUGAAGAAGUCCCCGAGGACGAGCUCGAGACGGAUCCCGAGUUCCUCGACAAGAUUAACGAUACCGUCAUCAAGGAGUUUACGGAAAAGGUCAUUGACAUUUGGCCUGACCUGACCCGUCGCUACAACAGCGACUCCAACAACUGUACCGAGUGUCCGAACAGUUUCAUCCCCAUCAACCGAACCUUUGUCGUUGCUGGUGGUCGGUUCAGAGAGCCCUACUACUGGGACUCUUACUGGAUCCUCGAGGGCCUUCUCCGUACUGGUGGUUCCUUUGUCGAGAUUGCAAAGAACACGAUUGAGAACUUCCUCGACUUUGUUGAAGAGUAUGGCUUCGUGCCUAAUGGAGCUCGCAUCUACUAUCUCAACCGGUCCCAGCCGCCUCUGCUGGCCCAGAUGGUCAAGAUCUACGUCCAACACACCAACGACACUGACAUCCUCGAACGUGCCUUGCCCUUGCUGGUCAAGGAGCACGAGUUCUGGAUGACCAACCGAACUGUCGAGGUCUACAUUAAUAAUGAAACCUUCCUCCUGAACCGUUAUGACGUCUCCAACACCCGUCCUCGACCAGAGUCGUAUCGAGAAGACUAUGUCACCGCCAACAACAAGUCCUACUACUCGACCGAGGGAGAUGUCUUUCCCGAAGAGGAGAAGCUCGACGAGAAGCAAAAGGAGACGCUGUAUGGCAACCUUGCCAGCGGCGCCGAGAGUGGUUGGGACUACACAUCGCGAUGGAUUGCUCGUCCUGAGGAUGCUGCGCGGGACAACUACUUCCCUCUCCGAUACCUCAACACCAGGGAGAUCAUCCCCGUGGAUCUCAACUCCAUCCUGUACGGAAAUGAGAUUGCCAUUGCCGACUUUUACGCAAACGCCGGCAACACAAGUGCUAGCGAGCAAUGGCGCGAGGUGGCCGCCAACCGCAGCUACGCCAUGACGACCUUCCUCUGGAACGAGACGCUCUGGAGCUACUUUGACUACAACAUCACAUCCCAGUCCCAGUACAUCUAUGUGCCCGAAGACGACGACACAGAGAGCAUCGAAAAGACUAGCGCUCCCAAGGGCAAGCAGGUUCUCUUCAGCGUGUCCCAGUUCUACCCCUUCUGGCUGGGCGCCGCGCCCGACUACCUCAUGAGGAACCCCUUUGCGGUCCUCAACGCCUACAGCCGCGUCGCCGAGUACCUCGACACCAAGGCCGGCGGCAUCCCCGCGACAAACUUCCGGACCGGGCAGCAGUGGGACCAGCCCAACGUCUGGCCGCCGCUGAUGCACAUCCUCAUGGCGGGUCUGCAGAACGUGCCCCCUACCUUUGGCAUCAUGGACCCUUCCUUCGUCGAGCUCCGCCGUCUGGCCCUCAAGCUCGGACAGAGAUACCUCGACUCGACCUUUUGCACGUGGUACGCGACGGGCGGUUCCACGUCGGAGACGCCGCAGCUCCGUGGCCUCUCGGACGCCGACGAGGGCAUCAUGUUUGAAAAGUACGCCGACAACGCCACAAACGUCGCGGGCGGCGGCGGCGAGUACGAGGUCGUGGAGGGCUUCGGGUGGACCAACGGCGUGCUACUCUGGGCCGUCGACACCUUUGCCAAUAGGCUCGAGAGGCCCGACUGCGGCGAUAUCAAGGCUGCUGAUGUUGAAGGCGGCGGUGGAAAGCGCAGUCUGAGUGCGGUUAUGCUGCAUGCUAGAGAUGCGAAGAGGGUUAAGAAGUUUGGACGGAGAAAGAGGGCUACCAAGAAGAGGUCGAGCCGCUCAUUUUGGGGGUAG